GCGGGUUCAUAUCUUCGCGUGAGGAACAAAUAGAGGACGAGCAGAGUCUCAUUUGAGAGCCGACCAUUGAAUGGUGCAUCUCAGUUAGUGUAUGGGGAGAACAUAGAUCACAGCAAGCUUUAUUUCCCCAUAAUUCGGCUAAAGAAGCCUGAAAAUGGCGUUGUUGUGGGUUUUCGGUGUUUUCCUGAUGUUCUUGUUCAGAGCCAGUGCCCUGACAGCACCUACUAUUCUGGCUGACCCAGAUGAGGUGAGCAACCUGACCUCAGCAACCCUCACCUGCAACCUCACUGACCCUCCGUCAGCCAUCAAAGGUCACUAUUGGACCAAAAACGGGAAGGAGAUCGUGACGACCAGGGUGGAAUCUCAAGCCACGCACACAGAGUACAACUUGCCAAAAAUUGACCACAACAAUGGUGGCAAGUACGCCUGCGUCUUUAUUUCGACUGAGGAAUUCAGCAAAACCAUUGAAGUAAAAACUCCCCCCCACGUUUCGGCGUACAAGCACUCGGAGCACGGGAACGAGAAGGACGUCGGGAAGCUGACGUGUGUGAGCCACAGCUAUCCGCUGCCCAACGACUGGACCUGGUACCUCAUCAGCAACGGGGAGAAAACGCCCAUCGUCAACGGGACGGAAAAGUUUGAGAUCGAGAGCACUCCCGAGAAGACCAUCCUGCAAGUGUUCAACCUGGACAUGGAGAAGGACAUGGGCGACUAUAUGUGCUUCGGCCAGAACGAGUUCGGCAUGGCCUCGGACAAGAUCCACCUGCGUGUCAGGAGCCGCUUCGCCGCCCUCUGGCCCUUCCUCGGCAUCGUGGUGGAGGUCAUCAUCCUCAUCGCCAUCAUCUUCAUCUACGAGAAGAGGAGAAAGCCUGACGAGAUCACCGACGAUGACGACUCAGGCUCCGCCCCUCUGAAGAGCAAUUCCUCCACCAACCACAAAGAGAAAAAUGUCCGGCAGAGGAACUCCAAUUAAGUGGAGGAAGGAGAUGUCCUGAUGACUACUAUACACGACUUCGAAGUGAAACGCUGAGUUUCUGCGUAGCACGUGAUCUAGUGCGCCCCCGCAAUUUUAAAAUUCCUUUUUGUUUUAGAAUACCUGAAAAGAUGAGCUUUUUGUUUUUUGUUCCCCCCCCCCCCCCCCCCCCCCCUCUCUCUCAGAUUUUUACUUUUCUCAAUAUUAAUGUGCUGCCAUGGAAACGUGUUUGAAUUGGAAGUCUGUGUGAAGCAGCUCUGCAUGAUAGUGUUAGUGAAACCUGUGUGUUCAUAGUGAAGCCACUGUAGUAUAUAUCUGUGGCAGUGAUAUAUUGGUGGGUUUAUAUUUUUCCGUUCGCUUCCUCUCUGGUCCUUGGCAGUCGUAUAGCCGUCGACAGAUUUGCCUGCUUUGGUCUUUUGUGGCAGUCUAGCAGCAUGGAACUCGGCCAGAGUGUGAUGAAUCUACUCGACUUCAUGUUUGUCUGUAGCUGACGCAAUAACUUUCUUGUGGCUGUAGAACUGGGCUGUCCAACCCUGUUCCUGGAGAUCCACCGUCCUGUAGGUUUUAAUUUCAGACCUGACAAAGCCACACCUCAUUCAACAGCUAGAAAUCUCAUUGAGCUGCUAAUUGGUAGAAAAAAAACUGACAGGACGGUAGGGCUUCAGGAAUGGGGUCGGGCAGCCCUGCUGUAGAAGAACCAGUAUGGACUCUGACAAACCUCACCAGUGGCAGAAUUUUCUAUUUAAUGCCUUAUUUAACUUCACCUGAUAGCACGUAAAAAAAAAAGAACAAUCUUUAUUUCCUUUUUUGAUAUUAAAUGUAUAACUAACGUUUAAAAACAUAUAUAUACAACUCCUACAAAUUACACACAGCAGUGUUUGUAUGUUCUAACUGUACUAAUGUCGAGUCUAGGGUCGGACAGUUUAACUUGAUACCUGUGAUCACUGGAAUGUUUUCUAUUUUAGAGUUUCUAAGCUUGUUUUAAGGUGUGAGAUGUUGAUCUCGGAUGACGUUGCCUCUGUAUAUGAAUAUCUUCAGUGAGGUAACGUGUGAGGACCAAGGGGAGGGAGGGUGGAGAAUUGGGCACUUUACCUCUUUGCAAAACAGAUCAUUAAUAUGAAUUCAGACGCAAUGUAAUGCUUGUCGUAUUCCUGUAUAUUAAUUUCUGCUUGAAAGCCGAUGAAGGAAAUGUUAUUCUCUUGCCGACACUUUGGGAAAACUGUCACUCAUCUCUCCCCCCCCCACCCCUUUUUGUUUGUUUGUUUUCUUUGUUUUUGAGUAGGCAUUUCAGGGUCAUAAGCUACACCCACUUAGUAUUGUGACUGAAUGUUUGUUAUUUCUUUGAUUUUUCAUUUGAAACUACGUUGAAUCUUAAGACGCAAGAUAAGAAUAGGAAUAAAUAUAAAUUAUUUUUGCCUGACUUCACACGCCGAUAGCUUAAACACGGUCAGCUGUAAUGACUUGCACAGACUUAAUAAAGUUCUUUUGAUUUGA